GAAGGAAGAGGAGGCGGGAUCGGGGCGCUGCGUUGGCUGCGGCCUGGCACGAAAGGGGCGGCCCCGGCGGAGAGCAGACCCAGUAGCCCGGGCGAUUAUGGACCCGGCAGAGGCGGUGCUGCAGGAGAAAGCGCUCAAGUUUAUGGCUGCAGUUCCGGCUGGUGGAUAUUGGAGGAAUAAUAAAAAGUGCUCCAUGCCCAGGUCUCUGUGGCUGGGCUGUUCCAGCCUGGCGGACAGCAUGCCUUCGCUGCGAUGCCUGUAUAACCCAGGGACUGGCGCACUCACAGCUUUCCAGAAUUCCUCAGAGAGAGAAGACUGUAAUAAUGGCGAACCCCCUAGGAAGAUAAUACCAGAGAAGAAUUCACUUAGACAGACUUACAACAGCUGUGCCAGGCUCUGCAUAAACCAGGAGACAGUAUGUCUGACAAGCACUGCUAUGAAGACUGAGAAUUGUGUGGCCAAGACAAAACUUGCCAAUGGCACUUCCAGUAUGAUUGUGCCCAAGCAGCGGAAACUCUCAGCAAGCUAUGAGAAGGAAAAGGAACUGUGUGUCAAGUAUUUUGAGCAGUGGUCAGAGUCUGAUCAAGUGGAGUUUGUAGAGCACCUUAUAUCCCAGAUGUGUCAUUACCAGCAUGGGCACAUCAACUCCUAUCUAAAGCCUAUGCUGCAGAGGGAUUUCAUAACUGCCCUGCCAGCACGGGGUCUGGACCAUAUUGCUGAGAACAUUCUGUCAUACUUGGACGCCAAAUCACUGUGUGCUGCUGAGCUUGUGUGCAAGGAGUGGUACCGCGUGACGUCGGACGGCAUGCUGUGGAAGAAGCUCAUCGAGAGAAUGGUCAGGACAGACUCUCUGUGGAGAGGCCUGGCAGAGCGCAGAGGGUGGGGACAGUACCUAUUCAAAAACAAACCUCCUGAUGAGAACGCUCCUCCCAACUCCUUUUAUAGAGCACUUUAUCCUAAAAUUAUACAAGAUAUUGAGACAAUAGAAUCCAAUUGGAGAUGUGGCCGACAUAGUUUACAGAGGAUCCACUGCCGAAGUGAGACAAGCAAAGGCGUUUACUGUUUACAAUAUGACGACCAGAAAAUAGUGAGCGGCCUUCGAGACAACACGAUCAAGAUCUGGGAUAAAAGCACAUUGGAAUGCAAGCGAAUUCUCACAGGCCACACAGGCUCUGUCCUGUGUCUCCAGUAUGAUGAGAGAGUGAUCAUAACUGGAUCAUCGGAUUCCACUGUCAGAGUGUGGGAUGUAAAUGCAGGUGAGAUGCUGAACACACUGAUUCACCAUUGUGAAGCAGUUCUGCACUUGCGCUUCAAUAAUGGCAUGAUGGUAACCUGCUCCAAAGACCGCUCCAUUGCUGUGUGGGAUAUGGCCUCCCCGACUGACAUCACCCUAAGGAGGGUGCUGGUGGGACACAGAGCUGCGGUCAAUGUUGUAGACUUCGAUGACAAGUACAUCGUUUCUGCCUCUGGAGAUAGAACCAUAAAGGUGUGGAACACAAGUACUUGUGAAUUUGUAAGGACCCUAAAUGGACACAAACGAGGCAUCGCCUGUUUGCAGUACAGGGACAGGCUGGUGGUGAGUGGUUCAUCUGACAACACCAUCAGAUUGUGGGACAUAGAAUGCGGCGCUUGUUUACGAGUGUUAGAAGGCCAUGAGGAGUUGGUGCGCUGUAUUCGGUUUGAUAACAAGAGGAUAGUGAGUGGAGCCUAUGAUGGAAAAAUUAAAGUGUGGGAUCUUAUGGCUGCUUUGGACCCCCGAGCUCCUGCAGGGACUCUUUGUCUACGGACGCUUGUGGAGCAUUCUGGAAGAGUUUUCCGACUCCAGUUUGAUGAAUUCCAGAUUGUCAGUAGUUCACAUGAUGACACAAUCCUCAUCUGGGACUUCCUAAAUGAUCCAGCUGCCCACGCUGAACCACCCCGCUCCCCUUCUCGGACAUACACCUACAUCUCCAGAUAAAUAACCCAACACUGACCUCCUACUUGCCCGGGACUCGUUAAGGUUGCAGUAUUUAACAUAUCUGCCAAGACCAGGAUGAACAACAACAAUCACAUUCCUACCCGGAUUCCCCGGAUGGGUCAGCGAGGCGCAGGGCUUUGAGACUCCUGUUGGGACACAGUCGGCCAGCAGCUGACCAGGAUGGUCUGCUUGGCACUCGGCUGCCACAGUGCUGCUAUCAGAAGAUGUCUUUAUCUUGUGUGAAUGAUUGGAACUUUUAAGACUCCCUUCCCGUUCCCUCCCUUCCCUCUGCACCUGUUUCUCCCCCCAUUGGGUUCCAGACAAAGAUGACUUAUAAAUAUAUUUAGUGUUUUUGCCAGAAUCUCUCUUGCUUUGCCAUCAAGCAGAAGAACUAGUUUCCCCAUCUGGCCCACUUCUAGGGGACAGGGGCUGCAGCUUCCAGGCAAAGAAUGCCUGGCCUCUCCCUGUUAACUGCAGGAGUGUCCAGCACCUGGCCAGAGCAGUCGGGCCACUGCGUGGGAGGAGACAGCUGCCUGCACAUCUUAGAGGAGAGAGGGACACACACUGGAAGAUCUGCACCUGCUGCCUCCCUCCCCUGUCUGGGUUUCUGUCCCUCUUGCCUCCUCUCCUCCUCCAUCUUCAGCCUGAGAAGGUGUGUGAAGUGUCCUCAUCUAGCAUGAGGCGGAUCACCUAGAAAAUGUGACACUUGGGAUUCCGAGUUUGAGUGUAUCCUAAUUUCCAGGCUUUUGCUGCAAGUGACCCCUGGGGCAGCAGUGACUCAUGAACAUGACACUUAUCAUGUCUGCAGCUUUCUCUCUCCUCCUCCUCCUCCCUGUGCCGGGGGGGGGGGGGGGGGGGGGGGGGGGGGGAGACACACGGGAUGGGAAUGUCCUGGGCGCCAUCAGUGGUUGUGUUUGCUCUGGACUCAGCAGUCUUCUCGGUUCCAUGUAGAGUGGAGAGGAGCUGCUGAUUGCAUUUCCUCUCAUUAACAAUUAGAUGUGUAAUAAAAAGCAUUGUGCUUCAUCUUAAAUCACUGGCAAGGCUUGGCCUGCAGAAAGGCCUGGAAUGGCCGGCACCAGGCUGGUUAUCACUGCACUUUGUACCGUGGCUCACAUCUGUUUCCUGGAUUGAGCCAGAAAGCACCCAGGCACCUGUAACAGCCUAGGCUGAGCACAACAGAUGACCUAGAGAUGGUCAGGAAAAAAGCUGGUUCUCCGUUUAGGCCAGGAACUGUCUGUCUAACCGUCUCAGCCUUGCGUUGCAGACCCUUCGGCUUCCCCAAAACCCAGUAUCUGCAGAAAGGCAAGGCUGCCAGAGGGGAUCAGGGUGAAGCUUGGCACACAGGGUUACUAGUAAGUGGGAGGUGCCUUCUCUUCCUUUCCUUCUCCCUGCUUUAUUUUGCUGUCCACUUUCCCUAGCAGUAAACUCUGGCAGUCAGUGAAAACAUUAGCAACUGGACUCUCAAGGGCAGGGUUAACCUGGCCUGUGGAAGGCAGGACUGGGCCUCUGCCAGCAGGCUCCAGGUGCAGAGGCCCGUGGGCAAACCUAGGAGAACUUGAACUGAGAACUAAGUCACUUUCCUCAAGCGUGCAUGGGCCCGCCAAGGGGUGGUUUAGGCAUCUUUGGGGUCUGGGGCCACAGUAUAGCCUCCCGUGCUUUUCCCUUGGAAACCAAGGGUCAGACUCUCAUCGCUGUUCCCAACCACACAUUGGAGUUUUAAAAAGCCAACUGAACCAGCUGCUAUGAAAAUAGAAAUGAGGGCCAGUCACAAGUGACCUACAGCCAGCCCACCGUCACUUCAGCAGGAGAGGGAAAAGGAACAUCUUCUUUCUCUGGUUUGCAAGUCGUCUCUUACCCAACAUGUCCUCUGAGUGAAUGUCGUUACGUGCUGAGUCAGGUCGUGUGUGUUCAGUUUGCCUUUUCCUGUGUAACUGCGAUCUCAAGUUAUAUCUAAGAAAUCUCUCUCCAUAUACAUUUCUCCUUCCCCAACCACCUACAUGCUACGGAGUCCUCCAGGUAGCGCCGAUCUGAGCUCCUAUCUGUUCAGGUGACUAUUAAUAGUGAAGGACUUUGCUGAAAAUCAGGUCAGAUGUUAAGAGACCUAAGCUGCUUCAAGAAAUGGUCUAGUGGCCAUAACUUGACUAGCCCUUCAGUGAUGUGCUGCUUUAAAAAGUAGGAGCAGGAGAACAUCUGCCUAGUGUCUGAGGCCCUGGACUGGAUGCCAGGGUUAGCGGGGGAUGUGGUUACUACUGCAGACUCGGUGGUGCUGGGACUGUGCUCUCCUUCCCGGGUUCAGCUGAAGGUGCUGCUCGGAAGCCAGUUGAGAAGUGUGGCCACCCACUGUGCUUGGGCUCGGGUGGACCCUGCACGUUCAAGCCUGUAGCUUGGUUAAGCUUUUUCUCCAGGUUGUCCUCUACUGCUGAUGGAAAUGGGAAUGCAGUUAAGUGGUCUGAGAAACUUGAAUCACUCACAUUUCUCAGCUCUGGGGGUCAUUUACCAGUUCAUUGUAGAAGAAACAAUCAGGUAAGUGGAAGUUCAUUUCCAGAGAAGGUAAACCCCACUUACCAUCUCUGCAUGAUUUCAGUGGGAAUUGAUUAUCAGCAGUCCCCAACUGGGCGAGAAUAAAUGUAAAGUUUGACCUUUUUAAAAAGAAAAGAGAAACAAAGAACACCUCAACACAUUUAAAGGAAUAGUAGACAAGCUGCAAGUGCCCUGUGGCUCUGAGAUGAGUGUCCCCAUGGUCUCUCUCUCUCUCUCUCUCUCUCUCUCUCUCUCUCUCUCUCUCUCUCUCUCUCCUCUCUUUUUUUUUUUUUUUUACUAAAAUCUACUUUCCAAUGUAAACCUCGAAAGACCUCUCCUAUAGAUAGCUGGAAGCCUUCUUAGGCAUAUGAGCAUAUGCACAGGGUACCCUGCUGGAGAAUGUGACCUCUGUGUCACACUGGUGAUGUCUGGGCAAGGCCAACAUGCCUUGCUGCUUUGUGUGUGUGUGUGUGUGUGUGUGUGUGUGUGUGUGUGUGUGUGUGUGUGUGUGUGCGCACUCGCAUGCUGCUGCUGGGAACAUCCUUUCCCUUGAAGUGCAGUUAGAAAGUGGAUGUGAAUUAUGGAUGGGAAGCCUUUUACACUUGUCCCUUGGCUAAAUUCUUUCUGAUUCGUCCUAACUUUAGAGACAGAGACUGUUUGGAACUCUGUUGACAAGUAAUCAAGUCUGGCCCUCGUAGCUUAUUUUGGAACUGGAAAUGACAUUGAGACUCCUAAAUCAUUCUGUAAGAAAAAGAAAGACGAAACCAUUUGUUUUUAGUGAUCCGAAGCUGAGGAAAAGGCUGCCUGCACUCAUCCACUCACCUUCUCUUGCUGGCUUCCAGUCUGAGAGGCCGGGCUUGAUCUACUUGCUUAGCAUUUGACUAGAGCAGAGAACACUGAAAAUGAUUAGGCCCAUGGUGGUGGCGAUUGUCUUAGCAUCUCCCUUUUGAGGUAGGUGGUGAUACCUUCUGGUUCUGAAUGUGAGCAGGCCCACCCGGAUCAGUGCAGGCCCACAGGCUAGGUGCAGAUGUGUUCCGAAGUAUCAGGUAGAAUGAGGCAUGCAGGUACCCAGUCACUGUGACUGCAGUCCAUGUGGGGGUGAUCGGUUUACAGUGUAACUUUGGUCCACGCUAAUCUCCAGCCCCAUUCAGUUAAACUCAGCCAUUUCGGAUGCACCCAGAGACUUCCAGUAGGAUCAGUCCUAGGAGUCACACACACACACAUGGUCCUGGCAGUGCAGAGCCCUUUUAACCACAGCACAGUCGGUACCAGUGAGGCGGCAUCUCGGGAAUAAAGCUGAGGAGAGAGACCAAAGCAGCAGGACUGUGGCUGCCUGCUUGCGGGCAGAAUCGACUGCAUUGCUGCCCAGAAACCUCUGACGCUGGCAGCCCUGUCUCAAGACAAAGUAACCCGGUGCCUGUGGGCUGACAUUCCCUGGAGGCAGCUGACUUCCCAAAUAUGUACUUCCCAACAAAUUGUUAGCUGGCUUAGCUUCUGAGUGUGUGUUGGGGAGGGGGUUGUGGACAGAGAUGAUGUGCGUUACCUCCCCUCCUGAACCUUCCCCUUGGAUGCUGAAGGAAAAGUCCAACAGGUUAGAUCUCUGGGUACCAAGGAAGCUGAUACCUUCCCAGAGCAGUGAUCCUUGAGCCUUGGCAAACUCACUGAGGGUUUCAGUGACUCCAGCGGGGACAGGCCUGGCAGCAAGUAUGAGCCGGGGUGAGUGCUUUUGGUGGUUCGCUUUUCCUAGGCUCUCCAGUGCUGACUGCUUUCAUUUUUGUGAUUAUGUUCUGGUGAUGUGUAGUCAAUGUACCAAUAUGUUCACAAGCUAGCACCAUGGUAAUAGUGUGUUUGCUUUUUUAACUGUUUGGGGGAAAGUCAAUUACAAAUACAAGAUUAAAGUGAA